AGAUAAACCAUCCUAAUAUAUAUUGAUUUCACCGUCAAGUAUUAUUUGUGAAAUUUCUAAAACUUUUAUUUUUCCAUAAACAACAAAGAAAUAAAAUGGAACAAGAACAAGAAAGCUAUGAGGUACUAAGUACAAGGCUAUAUGAAGCAGCCAUAAAAGGCCAUGUAGCAUCCUUACUAAACAUACUCCAACAAGAUCCAUACAUCCUGGACCGAUCCAUCACUAACAAAACGGGUCCUUUCCUUCAUUCCCCAUUACAUGUAUCCAUUAACCAAGGACACUCAGAUUUCACUCAGAAACUUCUAGAACAAAAGCCAGAACUAACAGAAGAAAUUGAUGAAAUAAAGAGAUGGUCACCUCUACAUGUAGCAUCAGCAAAAGGGUAUGUGGAAAUAGUGAAUAUAUUGGUGGGUGUGAAUCCGAACAUGUGUUUUGCACGUGAUUUGGAAGGAAGAAAUCCGGUUCAUGUUGCUGCUAUAAAUGGUCAUAUAGAUGUUCUAGAAGUGCUUGUUAUGGCCAAGCCAUUGGCUGGUCGAGAACGGACUAAUGGAGGUGAAAGUGUGUUGCAUUUGUGUGUGAAGUUUGGUCAGUUGGAGGCGGUUGAAUUUUUCGUAAGAAGAAUUGGUGAUGGUUUGCUUCUUAAUUCUAAGGAUGGUGAUGGGAAUACUGUACUUCACCUUGCUGUGGCUGCAAAACAUAUUCAGAUCAUAAAGUUGUUACUCAAAGACAAAAGGAUGGAGAAAAACGCUAUCAACACAAACAGCAUAACAGCAAUGGACAUAAUCCUUCAGAGCAAAACAGAAGAAGCGAGCGAUAAAGAAAUUAUGUUAUCCCUGAAGCACGCUAAAGUUUUAACAGCAAAAAAAAUCCUUAAACCAAAGAAAAACAGUCGGGAUUGGUUAGAAAAGCAACGCAGUGCAUUAAUGGUGGUGUCCUCUCUGAUAGCAACCAUGGCUUUCGAAGCCGGAAUCAACCCUCCUGGAGGCGUAUGGCAAGAUGAUGGAAAAGGGUACAAAGCAGGUACUCCUAUAAUGUCACAAGUUAAGGAAGGACAAAAGGGUUACAUAGUAUAUGAUGCAUUCCUAAUCUCCAACACUAUAGGACUAAUCUCAUCUCUUACUGUCAUAAUACUACUUAUAAGUGGACUCCCUUGUUUAAGAUUGUUCAUGGGUAUAUUAAUGAUAACUAUGUGGAUUGCUGUAACUGCAACAACUGUUACUUAUAUGAUCUCGGUUUUCUUCCUUGUAUCCUCCAAAGAUGAGCCAAUAAUACCCUCCAAACAUCAUUGGGUUCAAAACACUAUAAUUGCUUCUAGUGUUGCUUGGCUUAUCUUGUUAGGACUACUUGUCUUGCUGCAUGUUUUUCGCAUAAUGGUUAAAAUAAUCAAGAAACUAAUACGUGUUGUGGUAAAAAGAGUACGAGGUUUACUUCCAAGGACGAUAACUUACGCAACGGUUUAAGAGUUGUCUUAUAUCGAAGAAAGAGAAGAGAAUAUGUCACUUUAUAACCUUGAAGAUAAGAGACUCUAGCUACUACAAAUUUGUUUUAGUAGUGAACAUUGUUUAGACGACUUGUAAGUAAAUUAUCUCUUCUCUUACCUGUUAUUUGUAUUAUCUUAGCCUUUGUCAAUUCAAAGUACAUCACUCUUAAUUUUUACAAUACAUGAAUGAAACUAAUUGAGCUUUA